AAUAACGGGGUUCCUGACACCGCUCUGGUCGCGAUCGUCUUUAUGCACAGCUAAGAUUGGAACACCGUCUGGAGGAAUGCUUGAAUUUACUUGGAAGUUGUUAAUACACAGAAAUCUAGGAAUCACUUAAACUCGCAUUUGUGAUAAAUCGUACAAACGGCAAAUAUGUGAAAGGCAAGCAGCCUUGGCAAAUGGAACAGUGGAUAAAAAUGCUUUUACGAAUAUCAUGGCAGAAAUAGGUUUCACUUUGAGUGAAUUUAUGUCCCACCACAACUUCAACUAGAGGAUUACAUAAAACCAACCAGUUGCAUUUUAAAGCAGUAUCUUUUGAAAGAGAAGCUUAAUCUUUUCUAGAGCAGUCUAAAAUAAAUUGCAAAGUAAUUGUUUCUAGCCAGAGAGAAAGGGUCCAAAUUAAAAGCUUUACUUUUCUUAAAGAAAAAAAACCAUUCCCUUACUAGCACCAACAGAGAAAAGCAAAAUGGCAGGAAUGAUGGAGUUUAAUGAGCUGGAUUCUCCAAUGAUAGAAAAUGGGGGAGGGCUGUUUGGCCCUGAUGAUGAUGAUGAAGAUGUGGUCAGUCCUAUGGGAAAGAUGGUGCUCGUCAGCCCCAGCAGUGAAGAGUUUGAGUUUCUGGUGGAGACUAUCAAAACCCGUGUCUUGGAUGCACAAGGAGAAACCAUCUAUGAAAUUGGAACAGGAGAGGGUGAGAAGGCUGGCUUAAAACCAGAUGACUAUCAAGCAUCAGUGGCCACCCUGCACAGCAUCUCUUCAUCUCUUGGUCUGGAGUGUGUAUUAUUGCGGGAGAGAACAGCCCAAGAAGGUACAGUUGCAGAGUACCUAUUGCGGCAAAAGUUGGAACCUCAUGAUUUUAUGGAAGUCAGAGUAGCAGUUGUUGGCAAUGUAGAUGCAGGAAAGAGCACUCUGCUUGGGGUGCUGACACAUGGAGAACUUGACAAUGGCCGGGGCUUUGCACGACAGAAGCUGUUCCGACAUAAACAUGAAAUAGAGUCUGGUCGGACAAGCAGUGUUGGCAACGACAUCUUGGGAUUUGAUGCUUGUGGUAACGUGGUGAACAAACCUGAUCAUGGGCAUCUGGACUGGAUAAAGAUCUGUGAGGAUGCUACCAAGGUGGUCACUUUCAUUGACUUGGCCGGCCAUGAACGGUACUUGAAAACCACUGUCUUUGGCAUGACAGGCCAUGCCCCAGACUUUGCUAUGCUAAUGAUUGGUGCCAAUGCUGGUGUCAUUGGUAUGACGAAAGAACACCUUGGUUUGGCAUUGGCCUUGAAUGUUCCUGUUUUUGUAGUUGUAACAAAAGUUGACAUGUGUCCACCUAAUGUCAUGGCUGAGACACUCAAGCUCCUAACACGUAUACUCAAGUCCCCUGGUUGUCGAAAAAUUCCAGUUAUUGUGCAGAACAAGGAUGAUGUCAUCUGCUCUGCCACAAACUUUACCUCUGAAAGGAUGUGUCCCGUGUUCCAGGUGUCGAAUGUAACAGGGGAAAAUCUGGAUCUCCUAAAAAUGUUCCUGAAUCUCUUGUCUACUCGAGUCAAGUGUGAUAUUUCCAAACCUGCUGAAUUUCAGAUUGAUGAUACAUUCUCAGUGCCUGGUGUGGGAACAGUGGUGUCAGGCACACUGCUGCAAGGCUUCAUCAGACUUAAUGACACACUUCUCCUGGGGCCAGAUGCCCUUGGCCAGUUUCAGUCUAUUGUCAUUAAAUCCAUCCACCGAAAGCGAAUGCCUGUCAAGGAGGUCCGUGGAGGACAGACAGCAUCAUUUGCCCUCAAAAAGAUCAAGAGGUCCACAAUACGAAAAGGUAUGGUGAUGGUCUCACCCCGACUAGAACCAAAGGCAUGCUGGGAGUUUGAGGGUGAGAUUUUAGUACUGCACCACCCUACCACCAUCAGUGUACGCUAUCAGGCAAUGGUGCAUGUGGGCAGCGUGCGGCAAACAGCUACCAUCCUUCAGAUGACAGAACCACAUUUGCGCACUGGUGACAAAGCCAUGGUUCGAUUCCGCUUUAUCAAGAACCCUGAGUAUCUCAAAAUGGGCAUGCGUCUAGUGUUUCGGGAAGGUCGCACAAAAGCAGUUGGCACAAUAACCAACUUGUUCCCUCAUGUCAGUGCCGUGGCUCAGAACACGCGGCAGCAGCGUGCCACAAAAAAGGCACAGCAGGAAACAAAGCAUCCUCUUAAUCCUCAGAAUGAGCCACAGAAACCGAGCAAGCGCAACCGACGUUCUCAGAAAUCUGCUAGUGACUAUGAUGCCUACAAGGAAAAUGUGCUGCAGCCAGUGAGCAUGCCCAACGGUACCACUCCUUCCACUGUGGCCCCACCCCAGCCUCCAACGUCUUUGAACAUCUCACAUUCAUUUUCUGCAGGUGCCCCCCCAGGCAGCAGCAUCACACCACCCACCUCCUCCAGCAAAUCCUAAGCAAGAGGCAGCAUGAAGCAGCAUCAAACAUGACAUUUCCUCUCUGUUGUGUUGGGGUUGCCAUGGGUGUAUUUGAAGUGCUGACUGUAAUUCAAGGUCUUGCCUUGUAUGGAAAUGGAUGGUAAGGGAAGCCCUUCUCUUUGGCUGCUUUUGUGGUUGCCUUUUGGAAGACGAAAAACUAAAACAACAAAAUAAAAAGUUCUUUUAAGGAAAUUAUUCAUACUUGGAAAAAAAAGGAUAGAGGUGAAAGUUUUCAAAAGGAGAAUCUUUAUUAAAAUGAUUACCAAAAAAUCACUAAUACAUUUGUGCACUAAAGAGUUGCAAUUGGUCACAUAAAGCUUCUUGGACUGAAUCAUGCAGGAAAAGAUUAUUGUGUGUGAAGAUUUUAGACUUUGAAUUUGUUUUUAUAUUUUAAAUACGGCUUUUGAAUUCUAAUGUUCCCCUACCUUGUAGCAGCAGUCAUUUUGACUUCAAAUCCUUAACUGUUCAAGCAGCUGACCAUCUGAGGUAGCAAAAAUUGUUAACUGUUCAAGCAGCUGUUUGGAGGGGUUUUUUUUAGGCAGCAGCAAAUGGCUAGAUUUUAGCAUGGUUUUCAAAAUAAUUUAAUUGUUUAUCAUUUAAAAAUACAACAGAUGAAAUGCUUAAUGCCAUUAAAAACAGCAAGGGGUGGUUAAUGUUGGUUGUCCAAACAAAUCAGGGGUUUCAAUUUCAGACAACUCAUCUAUUUAUUUUGUGUAGUGUUUGAGAAAACUUAGAAAACUCUAUUUUCUCAUGGCUGGAAAUGAAUAUUUAUUAAAGACCAAAUAAAUUUCUUCUUUUCUGUGGUUUGUAGGUGUUGUAAAUCACAGACGGUGGAUAAAAAGAUUAUGCAUUGAUGCAUUUAUGGUUUGCUUGUAAAAUAUUUUCUUGGACUUAACGGUGAUCACCUUGGAUUUGUUAUUUGGAACAAGUACAUAUCAGUUAUCAACUUAGCUCCUCAUUCUGCUAUUAUUCUAAGGAGGUUUUUUGUGGUUGUACAAAACAUUAUGCAGCUUUAUGCUUGCAAAUGAGUAAAUGGCCUACUUCAAGGCUUUAGAGUGGAAGAGGUGAAUCCUAGCAUGCUGACCAAUAGUUGACCUAAAGCCUUAAAGUCUGUAAUGCCAGUUCUUGGUUUGGCUCUUGGUUUUGCCCAUGUGAUAAUAAAACAAACAGCGUGUAUUUUGCUGCUUCACACUGGAGUCCUGACACCAUGCUUGAUGCGCAAUUGCCGUAUAUAAUGUUGUCACAGUUUUCUUUGGGCUUGUUAAAAUUUUUCUCUUUAGGGAAUCAAGAUCUGACACCAGUAAAAUGUAAACAUUGGAACAAAAAGUCCAUAUACACUUUUUAUACAAACCUUAGAGUUGAAAAGGAACUUGCUUUCAUACCUUCUUACACUGGAUGUAGAGAGAGUUGGACGUUUGAGAUGUUUCUUUAAAACUUCAGUGUUGUGGGGUGUUUGUACCUUUCCUUUGGAAUUCCUUUUUUUUUUUUUGUAAAAGUCUGGCAGACAGACAGCAUCACUAGCAGUGCUGUCACCGAGCUUGCAUCACAGCUGUUUACACAUCAGACUACACAUCCGCAGACUACGUAAAAUAUCCAUUAUAUGUAGGGCCAUGUCAUUGCCAAGAUAGAAAACAAACAAUGACAAAAGAGGUAAGGACAUCAUAAACAUGUGGUGUGCCAGAUGUAAUCUUUUGCAAAACCUUCACACUUAUUGUUCAUUCAUAAUGAUAAUGGGUUUUAAAUGAAGGAUCAAAUUAAACAGUGUCUUUCCCCAGCUUUUCUUAUCUUCCUGAAAAGUUAGCGAUUCUGUAGGUUUUUUAAGGCAAUUCCUGCCAUAAAAUCAAACUUGGAAAAUGAUCUUUAAAUUCUGGUAUGUGUAUGAGACUUAUAUCACUUGGGAUAUCAUUUGUGCUUUUGCCAUGUUAUUUGGAUACCUCUCCAAUUCCUCGUGAGCAGUGUUACAUAGAACCAAUCCAUUUUUAACUGCUGUACCUCUUGGUAAGCUGUAUUGAGUGAAGUCACAAAGUUGGUGUUACUGUUCAGCUUAUGGCAGAUAAAACCAACCACUAACUUGUUUUGGAGAUGAAGUAGCUGUUCUGGAAUUAUUAUCUGCAAGUUGUGGUUUCUCACCCUUCCACAGCAGCUUGUCAACAAUACAAAGUCUUGCAUGAUGCAAAGACAGCUCUGUUUGAGGGGGAAGACUAGUCAAAAAUAGAAAAAAAAAAAAAGGAAGCAUCAUCUUGCUUUCCAUUUAUAUUGAGGAUAAUAUCAGUCAUUGAUCAUUUAGUCCAGUUGAUAACAAUGAUUUUCACUGGAAACAAUAGAUUAUGAUGAGAGACAUUUUUGUAAUACCACAGCAUGUUUUCCUAGUUACUAUACUGAGGCCGCGUGUGAUUUGGCCAUGUGCAGGGUAUGAUGACUGUAAGAUCGCUCUAAGUUCCCUACUUAUGCCCUGUGUUAUUGAUUAUGGUGAAUUGUAAAAAUUGAUCACUUGUUUCUUUUUAAUUCUUUAUGGGAGGUUUAUGCUUUUCUGUAAUCAUUUUUAUUACAACUUUUGGGGGUUGUCUUUUGAGAUUUGUGUGGUGUGUUUGCUGAUGUCAGUUAUAAUAGCAUAACAAGAAAUUCACUAUAAGAGUUGAGAAAGUAAUGUUUUGAUAUGUUCUGAAAGUCAAUAUGGCAGCAUAAAUUUGAUUAUUUUGAGUGUUUCUGUUUCUGUAGUUGUCAGAUUUUUGUUUUUAAUUGUGAGCCGAAGACAAUUAGACCUUAUUGUAAGAAAAUUUUGGGGUGGGGGUGCAUGUACUGAUUUAUGCCCGUUGUUUUUCAGGAUCCUGAUUCAAAGCUUAUUAGUUUUUUCCCCCAACAUAUUUAACAGCAAGAGACCAUUAUGUUAGUCUUCAAGAAGCUGUUUUUUUUAUGCAUGUAGCAUGUUCACCCUAUAUUUUAAGUACCACAUGCCUGCAGAGUUUGGUUUACCUGUUAUUGUGAUUUAGUCAUCCGGUUUGACAACAAAAGGAUCUUGACUGUUCAGUUUUGUCAGUUUAAUGGAAACUGGUUUAAAUUAUGUGUAAGGAAAAUAGUAGAAGACUGGCAGUGGUGUGGUGUGGAUGUGUAUAGGCUUAUGUUUGAAUAAACUGUUUUCGGUCAUUGACUGUAUUCAGGAUCAUAAGUUGGAGAGGGAUGAUGCAAACUUACCUAACAACAAAGGGUUAGCUACUUAUUUUAUAAGUACUUGAAAUGACACUGUCUGAGUACUCUUGCAUGUCCCAUUCAUCUCUACACAUUCAAAUGAUUAAAGAAUAAAAAUAGUCUUAUGUCCAUGC